UUAAAAUACCUGUUUUCCGAGAACAAAAUCUACAAUAUACAUGUAGAGCUCGACUUCAGCAGGUAGUUACAAUAAAUGUGAGGGAAAGCUAUAUGAAAUAUUAGUUGUGAUUCGCAUAUUUCUGUUAUGGCAAAACAGAUUUGCUCGGAGGACGUGUCUAUUUCAGUCAGUUCCGUGCGGUUCAACACCACCAAAUUGACAUUAAAAUCAAUAGACGGAACUCUUUUAUCCAGUCUUGACAGGUCGUCAAAACACUUUGACAAAAAACAAAAUGCUUACAGUUUUGAUCGUGAUCCAGAGCUUUUCCGAUAUAUCCUUAACGCGUACAGAAUCAGAGAGGUUCAUAUUCCGAGAAACGUCUGCCCGAUGCUAUUCAAAAGAGAGCUGCAAUUUUGGAAAAUACCUUCCAAAAUGAUUGCACCUUGUUGUUGGAAGUAUCUCUACGAGUCGGAGAGUAACAUGGAUGAUUUGAGAGUGAUUAUAAAUGAGGACAAAGAUUAUAAAAUGCAAAUGAAAGCAAACAACCAGAUUUCACCAGAACAGAAUGGCCAGUUCCCUAAAAUGGCGCACAAGGAGAAACCCCUUAUUAGCAAAGAAAGGAAUGCAACCAAAAUAUGGAUGUUUCUAGAAGAACCGGCAUCCUCGACAGCGGCAAAGGUCUGGUAUUAUUUUUACAUCUUUGUCGUUAUGGUCAGUGUUAUUCUUUACAUCAUAUGGCUGGCUCCGUCUUUGAGAGUAUCGCGGUACCUCUCACCACUGAUCGAACGCAGCAUAGACGCUUUAACAGUGAACAAAACCGUCUAUCACACCUUGAUAACGAUGUACAAUGAACGGAUCGUAAUGGCCGGAGGUACAGACCCACAUCCGGCAAUGUUUGCUGUCGACGUGUUCUGCUUAAUAUUUUUUAUUUCUGAAACUCUAGUUUCGAUGUGUGUUUGUCCGGACAAGAAGAAAUAUUUUAGCGAUGGGUACAACUUACUGAAGAUCUUCGUUUGUAUAGGCAUGUCAAUCACGUUCGGUUUAGAGUUCAAUAAGGACGUGUUAAGAGAAAAUGUUAAAGUUGCACAUUUCAUGGUGGCAUGCAGAGCUUUCAAUGUGCUACGUCUGCUGCUUAUUUUCCGGCUUCGCAAGAUCUACAAUUCUCUACAUAUAAUGUUGCUGGCUCUGAGGCAUAGUCUAAAAGAACUUCUGCUCCUUUUGUUCACAUUUAUCGUCCUCGUCAUCAUCUACGGCUGUUUGAUAUUCUCGGCGGAAAUCGAGAGUGAUAUGUUCCCGAACACUCAAAUGUCGAUGUGGUGGGCAGUCAUUACUAUGACAACAAUAGGAUAUGGGGAUUAUUAUCCUGUCAGCUCGCUUGGAUACGUUGUGGGCGUGGUCUGUGCAAUAAAUGGCAUAAUUGUUCUUUCGCUACCUAUAGCUGCCAUUGCUGGAACCUUUGGCAAUUUGUUCGCGAGAAAUUCCGACUUUCAAAAGCAUAAGCAAACAAUUAAAGAUCAAGAAAAUGAUACUUUUUUUGAACAGGUAGAUGUUUCAAACAUUUAAAGACAGUAAAUAGCCACUCUGGCGUGCCUUCUGUAAAAUUUUCCUUAUGUUCAGGAUGCACACCUCGGCUGUUAAUUGACCUUUUUAUAAACUACGCGGAAAAAGAAAGUUUAAUUAAUUUUCGUUCGGCAUAUAUAUUUUUUUUUAAUUUUAGUAGUUUGUACUUCUAUUUAUUGGCAGUAUAAUCACACAAUCAUGACUGAGACGACUGCAGAUACAUGUUAGCCAGAGAAACACAGACAUGGUUAUGGUUUGUCAGGGCGGGACAAAUUUGAUAUAUAUAUAUUCAUUAAACUAGGCAUAGUUCUGUGUGUGGAUAUAUCAUUUUGUAUUCAUAGCAAAGCUUUCAUUAUUAUUAGAUUUGUGAUUGAUUAA